ACCAGUGUUCAAGGGACACGGCUCUAUCGGACACAAAUGCCCGCCUCACCCGGAAGUAGCCUCGCCGCCACUAGUGGAGCGCAGGGAAAAGUUCGGCGCAGGCACGUCCAGUAACGUACCAUAGUGGAGGUGCUGAGACGCUCCCGGGGCUGAAACGUGUCUUUCCGAUUGGCUCCUCAUGAGCGAGUCGGCAGGGCGUGGGCGUGGUUCUGCUGGCCCGCUACGUGUGGUGGGGGAGCGGCUGCGGCGAUGGGGAGCCGGGCGGAGGUUUUGAAGCUUUUUAGAGCAUUGCACAGAACACGGCAACAGGUUUUUAAAAAUGAUGCCAGAGCUCUAGAAGCUGCAAGACUAAAGAUAAAUGAAGAAUUCAGAAACCAUCAAGAUGAGACCUCUUCUGAGAGAAUAGCAGAGCUUAUGAAAAUAGGUUCAGAUGUUGAAUUUCUACUCAGAACAUCUGUUAUACAGGGACUUCACACAGGUUCUGACAGUCUGAUGCUUAUACCCAGGAAAGAUCUGCUACUAGACAACGUUCCUUACUGUGAUAGUCCAACACGAAAGCUUUGAACCUUCAAGGAAUAAAGUACAUCUUGUUUUAUUUUCUUUUUUCUCAAACCAAAAUUAUUUCCUGGAACAAAAUCCCUGAAAACAAGUAGCUGAAAUCUCUGUGUUCAGACUAAAAUUGGAAAAUAUUGAAUCCUUUUGGCAGGAAACAAAGAUUAACUCAAUCCACUGAUUGUACUCUGAACUGGGGAGGUGUAUUUGAGAGAAGCAAGACUGAUGUCAUGUGUUUCUGAAGGACCCUUCUCUUCAUUAGGAAGGAUUACAUUUCCAUAGAAACUAAAGUCCUAUAUUGUUUGCUAAAAAUAUCCUAGGUGUACUCUUUUAUCUCUGCCAUUUCCAGAGAAAAUGUUUCAUUGUGUUUCAGAGGUUUUGCAAAGAUGAUUAAUAAUAAUAAUUACAAAUAGAAGUAGAGUGUUUAGUCUUGGAAAUAUUUAUUUAUAAAUUCAAAUAUAUUGACAAACUGCUACAAAAUAAUGGUGAAAAAACAUUCUAUAAUGUCUAGUUAUCUUUUUAAUUAUAAAUUGCAACACAGACCUGUUUUCUGAAAUUGUUAUUAUCUAUACAAUAGUGCACUGGUAGCAUAUGAGAGGGUUUUUAUAAGGCACAUCUAAAUAAAUUAUCAGCCUUUACAGAUAGGACAGUGACUCUGUGCUUAUAUUUUUAAUGUGCAAGGGUGACUGUUUGACUGUUUGGAUCACACUGGAGCAAGGAAAUUUAGUCAGCCUAACAAAUUGUGCUAUGUUAAUUAGACCAUAAAGCUAAAGACCUUGCAUGUUAUGACCAUAGAUUGAUUUACUGAGGCAUUUGUCAAAAAUGUGUCACUGGUCACAUUCAAAGUGGUGAUCAGUAGUAAUAUGGCUGUGUAUGCAUCUUAUUGCCAGAGCCAAUAAUUUUAGUUUCAAAAAAUAAUUAAUUGGAAUAACCUGAUAUAAGUACUGUCAGUGAGGGAGAUGCAACUCACCAGUAUUUGAUAGAUACAUUUUAAUAGAGAGAAAUGAUGGGGGGAUCUAGUCAGUUUAUUCAAAUGAAUGUGGUAGCAAAACUAACUACAUAAAAUGUUCACUCUGACUCACAAAAUUGCCUUAUCCUGUCAUUCUUCAAAUUAGAAAGUAGUUGUACAUUAACAAUCUAUUUUAUUAUACUUUUUAUAAAUGAAAAUUCAAUUUGAAAUUAUUUAAUAAGCAAGUGUCAAGCAACCUGAUUUGCUGACAUUAUCUUAUUUAAAGUAAUUUUUAUUCAACCUACAUCACCUUAUUUCAUUUUUUAAAAAGAGCCAUCUAGUUCUUGCUGUUUAACUAGCUGCUAUGGGCCAAUUGACUUCACUCUGACUUGGAGCAGGCCUUACUGAAAGUAUACAACAAUGUUUGUAUAUAUAAAAAACCUACUGAUAUCAACAGUAGAUGGCAGUCUUCCAUAUAUAUAUUAAGGAACUGUACACAGUGCAAGUGAAAAUAGUUUUUGUGAGACGAUAUCACUCUAAAUUUGUGCGUAUUCUGCCACUAUGCAUGUCUUUUUUUUUUUUUUAGUUCUUGAUAUGCAGUAUAUGGAAUUGUACUAAAUAGAAAUCAACCUAUACUUAAACUGA